AUGAACAAAAAGAAUUUCGAUCCGACGAAGCACAGGCUCGAGUACCUUCUUCGCCAUGUUGACUAUGAACCCUCAAUCGCGGACUAUCGCUCCCUAGCAGAAGUCAUCGACGGCAUCGCCAGAACAGCCGUGAAUUUCGCCAUCAUUGGCGAGAUUGAUGGCGCUACAAGACUCUUAGAGACCCUUGUCAACAGAGGCGUUGACCUUUUCGAACAUUGCAAAUGCGAGUAUCCAUUUUUGAAGCCUUGCAUGUAUUUUGCAUGGGACGCAACAUCAUCCUGGCCCUCCUGGAUCCCGCAAGAUGAGCGCACCGAAGAAAAGCUUCUUGAGUUAGAAGACGAAGCUCGCAAGCCCUGGCUCGAGCGGUUCAGCGAGGAAUGGGAAGUCACGGAAGAAACCGCCGUGAAGGCUCUCGAUAUGGCCUACAACGGCUUGACAACAGAUCUUCCAGACUGGAAUGGAACUCUUGCAGGACAAGUCUUUAUGGCGGAAAAGCUCCACGCGGAAGGAGAGUUCUCAUACUCUGCAAGUCCAAAUGGGCCCAUGGCGGUCAGGUACAUGAAGAUAGCCAUGUGGUGGCGCCAUGGGAUUUUUCAGUAUCUCUACUUGCAACUCUACCGCACGGCGGGCUUGAUGAUCGCCCUCGAUAUAUAUCUCCGACUGAACCAAGACACCGAGUCUCGAGAGUUAAUGGACAACAUAUGCGAACGGAUCAACGCUUACGAGAUGAUCGAACAACUUGCUUGUUCUCGCCGGGUAUGGAGCAAAGUCAUUCUUAUGCCUCAGCAGCCCAUGCUUGAAAUGCUCAACAUCCACCCCGCCAAAGUCCGCCCAGCUGUUUCUCGCGCUGUGCAGAUGGCUGAACACCGACUAGACAACGGACCAAGACGUCGGUACGCGAAAAAGAGCAUACAGGAGCUCGUUCACAUUAUCAGCAAGAAUACUUUCGAAAAUUGCCCUUACGAUGAUCUAGAUGUCUAUCGUCCGAACGAUAACCUUCGACUCAGACCCGACAACCCUGACGGCCUCCUCCGUCCGGGAUGUUCGCCUUCUAAAAUCAAGGCCUUGGAGAAACGACUAAAGACAACUCUGCCUGGCGAGUACAAAGAGUUCUUGAGCGCAACGAACGGACUCGAAGCGAUUUGGGAUGGUCAGUGUGCGGUACACUACCUAUCCAGUGCUGCAGAAGUUAAGUGGGAACAUGUAGACUUUCUCGAUGGAAAUCCGAUUCCUCUGCUCCUCGAGAGCGAGCCCCAAGCACACGCCGGCAACAUGCUUGACUGGCCCGUGAUAGAAGAAUUACACUGCAUAUCGUUAUCGGGCGGCGGUAGCCAUGACGAGGCAAGCGCAUCCGUCCUCCUCCUUGGUCCAGAGCACAUUCAACCAGCAAAGGACUACUUCUUCUCGACAUAUGAAGAACGAAAUGAGUCGCAGCGUCAGGAGCUGGAUAACCUUGUGCAAGAGACAUACGGUAGUAUGGAGGCUUUCCAAAAGUUGGAAUCCGUAAUCGUGGUUUGGACGGCUUGGAAUUUUACGUUCUAUCCUUUCAAUGGAACCAAAGACUUUUUGGAGACGAUGGCAGAGAUUUCUGUGCAGAAGUAUUGGUAUUGGACUUAUGUGUUUGAGCCAAGAUUUCGGAGGAUGAGGAAUCAGAUUGAACAAGAUGACGAGGGAGAUACUUGA